AUUAUAUUAUGAAUGACUGUAUGGGUUAACGCUUUAGUAUAUGUUGUUUGUCGUUUUGUAUCCGCUUAAUCUGGCGUACAGUAAAACUGUUCCCCAGUCUUUUUAGCUUGCUAGCGCUAGCAACGGUAUCUAGAGUGAAGCUAGUUAGCAUCCGAUCGACUUUAUUCAUUUUCGUAAGGUACUUGUGUUAAAGCUCAGUCUCCUCGUAUUCUUCUCUUUGCUAGCUACAAACCACCGUCCACUGGGCCCCCUUAUGUACUUAUUUUGAAGAACUGGGUGCCAGCGGAGUCACCCCAGCUGUACUUUCUUAUUGAGUGGAUCUAUUUUUAAAUGGCCACCGCUGCCCCCCCUCCGACCUCUGGCUCUACUGCGGCCACCGACAACCCAGGUACCGGAUCCAGCAGCUCGACUACGGCCGACAGUGGCAACCAGGACAGCACUUUCGAGUGUAACAUAUGUCUGGACACCGCCAAGGAUGCAGUGAUCAGCCUGUGUGGACACUUAUUCUGUUGGCCAUGCUUGCAUCAGUGGUUGGAGACAAGGCCCAACAGACAGGUGUGUCCAGUGUGUAAAGCUGGUAUCAGCCGAGACAAGGUUAUCCCAUUAUAUGGGCGGGGGAGCACAGGUCAACAAGACCCCAGAGAAAGAACACCCCCUCGACCACAAGGGCAGAGACCUGAGCCAGAAAACCGUGGUGGCUUUCAAGGGUUUGGUUUUGGAGAUGGAGGUUUCCAAAUGUCAUUUGGAAUUGGAGCCUUUCCAUUUGGUAUUUUUGCUACAGCUUUCAACAUCAAUGACGGAAGACCUCCUCCAGCUGCUCCCGGGACACCACAACACACGGAUGAACAAUUUCUGUCUCGACUCUUCCUGUUUGUCGCCCUCGUGAUUAUGUUUUGGUUGCUGAUUGCAUAAAUGCAUGGAAAGGCAAUAUCUUAGGGUAACCCAGAAGAUCUGACCGAUGCCAUCCCGGUUCACAACAGUGUGAUUCUUUCUCUUUUUUUUUUUUGGUUCCUUGUUUUCUUUUUUGUCUCUCCUUGACACAAAGAUUUAAAUGAAGUUGUCAAUGCUAAUCUAGGUACAACAGCUUUGAAGGUGAAUUAUAUAACCUUGGGUGCCUCGUGUUUUAACUCAUGAGCAGAACUGUUUAGUGUGCUUGCAGAGCAGCACGCCAUUCCUCCUCCCAAACGCCAUCAGCUAACGGCACCAAAAUUCAUGCUGCUUAUACAACCUUACCAUUAAAUAUCCACACGCAUUGUUGUUAGUAAUUUCUUUUUUUUUAAUCAGCUAUGUGAAGGAGGUCAGAUGAAAAAGAGCAGAGAUCAUUAUUUCUUUCAUUGAGAUCAUUGUUUUAUUAUUAUUGUUAUUAUUAUUAUUUUGCUACUACUGCUGCAUUUAAAGUUAAAGUUUUUGGGGUAGCUUUCAUUGAAUAAUUAGUUCAGUGGGCUCUGCUCGUACUUAAUGGUCCUAGCAGGAAAAGCACGUGUUAAUAAUAAAAUUAACAACUGUUCUGUAUUAUUUAAGUGUCCCAUUAAGUUGUGAGAGUUCAGACAGCAAGCGUUUUCUUUAGUAUUUACAUCAGUUUUCUCACUGAAGCAUGUCAAAAUGCCUUCCAGGAAAAAGGUGUAUUCACACAAAACUGCUUUUUUUUGUUGCAAAGAAUCCAACUAAUUUACAUGCUGAAUACUAGCAUGUGUUUCAUCCACCUUGUCUCGCUUCACUGACCUAUUGAGGUUUUUUUUUCUUUUAAUUUAGCUGUACACGAUCGUACGAACUACACCUCUCAUCUCUGAAAUGUACCAAAAAGCAUACAUGUUUUAUGGAGUUAAAACAAAGUCAGACAGUGUGUUGAUGCAUGUCAGCGGUUAAAAAAAUUAAUUUAUGAACAGUGUUCCUUUCUCUCAGUUCUCCGUCACUGUAAUUAAAUGUAAAAUACUGUAGAAUAAUACAGAGUUAAAAUGAAUGUUGGUCAGUUGAUCAUAAAACAAGUUUUCUAAAUGUGAAUUUACUCUAUUGACAGUAAAACUAUGUAAAUAAAAAUGUUAAUCAUAA